ACUGGGAUUCCCCACCGUGUGCAGAGAGGAGGCGGCUUGUGGUAUCCAUCCCCUCGGGCCUGUGCGGCGGCGGCGGCGGCUGCUUGAUGCUGACGCUGCUGGGGCUCGGGAGCCCACGAUCCAGGCCGCCAUUUUAAACCGUGUGAGGCGGCAGCGGAGCCGGGAGAAGGAGAGCGGAGGAGAGGGAGGCCGGGUAGCAGCAGCAGCAGCAGCAGCAGCAACAGCAUCCGCCAGCAGCGGGACAGAAGGGCCGCUCCUGGCCUCCGCACGAGUCACAAAGUCUGAACAGUGUGUCCCAUUUUGCUGCGGGUUGAACAAAUUCUGAAGAGGAUCCCUCUCCUUGUGGAAAUAUUCCAUGAAUAAUCUGCUGCUGCUGGCUUCCAAAUGUUUCUAACAUUUCAGUGAUUACUCUCAAAAUUGAACUACCUAAACCUUCAUUUUGCUUUUGUGUGCUGCUGCUGCUUUCACUUUUGCCUUGAGAAAACUAAAGACACUUGGAAUCCCCAAGGACAGGAGACAGAUAAUAGACUGAAAAAGAAAGCUGUCCAGUAUGAAUCUUAAGCUAGAACUACGUGCUCUUCUCCUGUUCCCUGUGUACUUGUUGAUAUCUCUGUACAGUGCCCUUGUAUUCAUACCAUGGUAUUUUCUUACCAAUGCCAAGAAGAAAAAAGCUAUGGCAAAGCGCUUAAAAGCUAAGCCUGUCUCGGACAUCCCUGGAAGCCCAUAUCGAUCCAUUUCACACCUCGAGUCACUAGCCACUAUAGACUUUCCUGGAGCAGACACUUUGGACAAAUUGUUUGACCAUGCUGUAGCAACAUAUGAGAAGGAGGAUUGCCUUGGAACAAGAGAGGUCCUGUGUGAAGAGAAUGAAAUGCAGCCAAAUGGGAAAGUAUUUAAAAAGCUGAUCCUAGGAAACUAUAGAUGGCUGAACUAUGGAGAAAUUAACCAGAAAGUUAACCACUUGGGGUGCGGACUGGCUGCCCUGGGACUGAAGCCAAAGAGCAUAGUUGCCAUAUUCUGUGAAACCCGAGCCGAGUGGAUGAUUGCAGCACAAACCUGUUUCCGAUACAACUUUCCUCUUGUGACUUUAUAUGCAACCCUUGGAGAAGAGGCAGUAACCUACGGGCUGAAUGAAUCUGGAGCAUCGUAUCUGAUCACUAGCACAGACCUUUUAGAAAGCAAACUUAAGAAUGUAUUAUCAGAAAUCCCCUGCCUUAGACAUAUCAUUUACGUGGACAAGAAGACUAUCAAUAAGUCAGAGUAUCCUGACCGAUUGGAGAUCCAUAGCAUGCAGACAGUAGAAGAACUGGGAGCUAAACCAGAAAACUUAAACAUUCCUCCAAGCCGACCUACUCCUACAGACAUGGCCUUAGUAAUGUAUACCAGUGGCUCCACUGGGAGGCCUAAAGGAGUGAUGAUGAUGCAUAAAAACCUGAUAGCUGGGAUGACAGGACAGUGUGAACGAAUACCUGGACUGGGACCCAAGGACACCUACAUUGGCUACCUGCCUCUGGCUCAUGUCUUGGAACUGACCGCAGAAAUUUCCUGUAUUACUUAUGGCUGCCGGAUUGGAUACUCCUCUCCGCUCACACUCUCAGACCAGUCAAGUAAAAUUAAGAAGGGAAGCAAAGGAGACUGCACAGUUCUGAAGCCCACGCUGAUGGCAGCUGUGCCUGAAAUCAUGGAUCGGAUUUAUAAGAACGUUAUGAGUAAAGUUCAAGAGAUGUCUUAUAUUCAGAAAACAUUGUUCAAGAUAGGAUACGACUAUAAAUUGGAACAGAUCAAAAGGGGAUAUGAUGCACCAUUAUGUAACUUGCUACUGUUUAAAAAGGUGAAAGCACUAUUGGGAGGAAAUGUACGCAUGAUGCUUUCGGGAGGAGCCCCACUUUCUCCUCAGACGCAGAGAUUCAUGAAUAUCUGUUUCUGCUGUCCUGUUGGCCAAGGUUAUGGGUUAACAGAAACCUGUGGAGCAGGGACCAUCACAGAAGUUUCUGACUACAGUACUGGACGAGUUGGGGCACCACUUACCUGCUGUGAGAUUAAACUGAGAGACUGGCAAGAAGGGGGCUAUACCAACAGAGACAAGCCAAACCCUAGAGGGGAGAUUAUAAUUGGGGGGCCCAAUGUGUCAAUUGGAUACUUCAGGAAUGAAGAGAAGACAGCAGAAGAUUUCAUUGUUGAUGAAAGUGGCCAACGAUGGUUUUGUACUGGAGAUAUUGGAGAGUUUCACCCUGAUGGCUGUCUACAAAUCAUAGAUCGCAAAAAGGACUUGGUGAAGUUGCAGGCAGGAGAAUACGUAUCGCUGGGUAAAGUGGAGGCAGCCCUGAAGAACUGCCCACUUAUCGACAACAUAUGUGCUUAUGCCAAAAGUGAUCAGUCCUAUGUGAUCAGCUUUGUGGUUCCCAACCAGAAGAAGCUAACUGCUCGUGCCGAACUGAAGGGUGUGACUGGAAGCUGGGUGGACAUCUGUAACAAUCCUGUCAUGGAAUCUGAAAUCCUGAAAGAGAUCAAAGAGGUGGCUAGUAAAAUGAAGCUGGAGAGGUUUGAAAUCCCAGUCAAAGUGCGGUUAAGCCCGGAACCCUGGACUCCUGAGACCGGCCUGGUAACAGAUGCUUUCAAAUUGAAAAGGAAAGAGCUGAAGAACCAUUACCUCAACGACAUUGAGCGAAUGUAUGGCGGGAAAUAGUCUCCAGUCUUCCCUUGAGUUGGAAGCAGGGCAGGGUUCCUUCUGAGACUGAGUGAUGGAUGGAGUCUCCCCAGUGUCGACUGCAAUGAUAAACGGAGAGGUGACUGCUUGUGAAACCAACGAAAGCGACACUCCAUUCAACAGAAGGAACUCCCCUGGCUUUCUGGAUCAUACUGUCAAGAUGCUGUCAAACUGACUGACCCCACUGCCAUGUUUUCAUUUGAUCACUCCCAGUACUGAGUUGGCUGUGUUCAUAUGAAACUCCCUCACUGGGUAAACGAUUGUUUCUGCCUUUCUAUUCUGGUUCCUCUUACUCAUAAGGAAUUAAAUCACCUUUCAGGAUUCCAAUAUGAUCAUUAAAAAUGAGCCUGUAUUUAAUGUGUGCACUAUAUAUGGAGAAAGAAAAGUGUAGGAAGAACCACAUGUGUAGCUUUCACAGAGUGCUGCUCAGAAAUCUGCAAUCUCGGGUCCUUUGCUAGAUGAAGUCAUUCUGUUUGACUUCUGAAGAGCUACGAGGCAGACAAGGAGAGGAGAGAAGCUCUUUCCUUGAAUGGUACUUUCACACAGCCAAAACCUGGUUAGUCCAACACCCAACUGUUUCCAACUGGGGUUUGCACCCCGUGUGUGUGACCAACAUGCUGCUGUUUAGUGAUCAGUGAAAUUUUAAUGCACACUUUUUGCAGUUGAAAUGCUGCCACUUGAGCACUAUCCGUUCAGCUGAAUACAGUUGGCCAUAGUUCAGGCUGCUAAAAACAUAAUUUCAGCUGUGUGAAAGCACUCUAGGAGGAAAAGAGAUCUGUGGUACUUUUUGUCAGGAGUACUAAAACCCAGGUUUUUGCUCUUCUGGCUUUGUUUUGUUUUGUUCUACAUUAAUGAACUGUAAAUGUCGCUCAAUAGCCACUAUUGCUCUCCCAUGUUCUCUGCCCUUCAUUGGGCACUGAUCACGACAUUCCCUUGAUUUUACUGUUCACAACUUGCUGGAUUUAAAGGGGCGAGAAACGUACUAAUGGGAUCUUCUGCAUACCAGUGUUUUGCGUAUUUAUACUGCCUAAAAGGAAGAUGUUUGUGUAUGUAUGUAAGAGGAGGCGAAAUGUGUGCACUGAAAAGACUUAUCGGCAUCUUCAAAUGCCUGCCUCCUACCUUCCUUGAGAUUUCCAUCCUGCAUUCCUGACGCUGACACACAGAUUAUUUCCCUGUUCAAACCUCAAAAGAUAAGUUAGUGACUGUUGCCAUCUCUAACAUUAUGCUGGCACCCAUAGGUUUUCAGACCUUUUCAUUAAACUAGCUUAAUUCCUUUGAAAUCAGUGGGGCUACAGUUUGAUAGCUGAUGUAUUUCCUGAGUGGUCUGUCUUUUUGAUACACGCCUGUAUUUCUCAAGUGUGACAUCUUGGGAACUCUGUGCCUGUUCCUCCCAACACAUCAACGCCAGGAAUUAAAUCCAUGCAUUUUUAAAUUUUUCUUUUAAUUAACUUUUAAAGGGCAUUUAUAUUUAUCUCUCAAUACAUCACACAAAAAAGUCACCUACAGAAAUGAGAAUUUCUUACUUGUGGACAAUGAGCUUGGUCUUUGGAAGUUGGUUGUCUUUGGUUUUUUUUAGAAGUUUUCAAAGGGAAACAAUACUGUAUUAAACUUCUUGUUUUCUGUUUGUGAAUAUGUUUGUGUAAAAACUGGAAAUUCUUGGUGUGCUGAGGAGAAAGAGUGGGACAGAGAGUCUACUACAGUUUUCAUUGUGUGCACUGCAUUCCACAGAGUGUCUUUUUUCUUAAUUCAUGCUCUGGGUUUGUAUAUUCCUGCUAGCUGUUCACACUUGAACCAGAAAUACUGUAAGAUGUGGCAAUUCUUGAUGCUGUUCUACUUUGCACUUUGUUUCUUAAUCCUUUUAUAUAUGUUGCUUCCAUUUUGUACAGAUGUGACCCUUGAUUGCAACGUGUUAUACUUUGACUUGGAUCUAAAGUAUUUAUAAAAUAGAUUUCUUUUAUUCAUAAUAUUUAAAAUGUGUAUAUUAUGGUCAAAGGAAAAUCUGAUAUUGUUUCUAAAGAAUGAAGGGAUUUUUGUAUGACAUGUUGUCUCUGUACACAGCAGUUUUAAACCCGACUGGGCAAGUUUUUCCUUCUAUGAGGUGUAUGUGUGGGUCAGUCAACUGUCAAAGCAACAAUAAACUGCUAAUUCCAGUGACCACUAAACCUGUGCAUUCUGACCCAAACUGGCUGUCCCAUCUCUACGGCCCAGUUUGUUUUUAAUCCAUAAAGGAUAUAUAUCCUAGAUCUUUCAUCUUUCUUCUCUAGCCAAACCAGCACACUGCCAACUGAACUUGUAGACCCAAGCCCAUAUUCCAAUCUGGCUGCUGCUAAUGGGACAGGUACCCAAGCCUUGGCAGAAGAAGGGACCAGGAAAAUGCCUCUUGGUGGCUCUCAACCAAACACAUACACUUGUUUACAUAUACAGGAAAUGCUUCCCCUAUUAGUUUUCAGUGGGGUAUCUUUUUUAUUUUUUUGGUAUGAGCUCAUCAUUGAGGCCUGUACCGUUCUGUUUGUGAUAAAAUUGCUAUCUAAUUUAGACACAGAUUUACAGUUUUGACUUUUGUCAGACAAGACAAAGAUUGUGAUACCACAAGUGUAUGGAGUAAAUAGCUGUUGUGUGCAA